GUCAGGAUCAUUGUCGAAGAUAAUGACAUUCAGACUGGGUUCAGGACGCCGGGGGAUGGAUGUAUCCCUGAGGGUGUGUUGCAGGUGAUCUGUCUGACUACUGUUGGAUCUCCUGCAGUGGAUACUGUGCUAACUGUCUCCGUCACUUAUGACACUGCUGGACCUGAGGGUACAGACUUCGAUCUGAUCACGCCACAAGUGACCAUCACUAGGACUAUGACUGAGCCGUGUGUGAGAUUCCAGGCCAUAGCAGACGAUCUGGGACUGGAGGGAGUGGAGAACCUCACUCUGUCUCUGAGUGGACCUCCCAAUGUACAACUGACUAACGCCUCUCUACACAUCUGCAUUCAGGACUCUGACGUUGUGAGGUUUGAGUUUUUCGCUGGAGAGGCAGAGGCAGACGAAAGUGAAAUGAUCAAUGUGACUAUCACUAGAAGUGUGGCUACAGCAGAAGAAGUGUCGUUCACUCUCACUCCCACUGAGUAUGAUGCUUCGUUUGGCCUUCCUAUUCGUCCCUUUGAUCCCAGAUCACCCAACCUUGCAAUACCCGGGGCAGACUAUGUGCCAGAUGUGAUACCGUUCACCAUACCUCCUGGAGAUGGCCCAACAAUCAUUCCAGUACCCAUUAUUGAUGAUGUCAUAGCAGAAGAUUCCGACCAAUAUUUCAUCGGAGUCCUGAGCUUCAGUGGAAAUCCAACUGGAGCAGUGCUGGGGAGAGAUGCUAUACUUUUGGGAAUCCAAGAAAACGACCAAGCAACUAUUGGAUUCCAGUUUCUCUCGAGUUCUGUUGACGAACAAGAUGUAGAUUUUACCCACAACCUCCUCGUGACUAGAGACGUAGACUCGGAGCAGAACUACUCCAUUGCUCUCCGUGGCUCACCUAUUACAGCUGAGGACGGCGACUUCUUUGUGUCUGACGACACGUUCUAUUUCCCUCCGGACGUGUCCAGUAUCAACGUGUCAGUCACCAUUCGUGGAGACACGAGAAUUGAACUGGUAGAGACAUUUGACGUAAGACUAAGUCAGAGAGGAGGUCCAAACUUUGUCGUUGACCCUCUGACCAGAUUGAUCAGUGUGGGAAUCAGAGAUAAUGAUGGAGACUACAUCUACGUACCAGCCCAGAGUACCUAUACUGUCCCUGAAGGAGAACAGAGAGAAGUCAGUUUUGUCCUGGAUAACCCACCACCUGAUGGAGUCUUUGAGUUUGACUACAAUGUCGUCCUCUCUACCACUGAUGGCACUGCCACUGGAGGCAGUGACUACAUGUCCAUAGUGGAUGAGGUGAUAGCAGCUAGUACGAUGCCCAAUGGAGUCGUGUCAGUGAAUGUGAAUGUCUUCAGUGAUGACAGAGUGGAGCUGGAGGAGACAUUCUCAGUGGUGGGGAGGGUCAUGGAGAGUGGGAUGAUCACUGACGGAAUUGGCAGGGAGUUCCCUGUGGUCUUCCAGGGCCCUCUCGAUGUCUCCAUCAUCAGUGAUGACGCUAUCACUAUUGGUUUCGAGGAUAUUGAGUACACAGUGGAAGAGGGUGGCACACUGGAGGUAGUCGUGGUGAAAUCUGCUCCGUUCGACUCUGUCAUAGAAUUCGAGGUUGCAGGGGGAAGCUUCUCUGCCGUCAGGGCUUUCCCGGAUGGAGCAUCUAGUCCCAAAUCCAUAUCAAUAUUUUUCACAAUACCUGAUGACGUCAUUGCUCUGGAACCACCGGAAACGAUAUCAUUUACACUGACAGUUCUCGACCCAAAUCCACAGAUAUCUGUCGACCCAGGCACUACCACUGUCACCAUACUCGACAAUGAUUUCGCGAUACAAGCAAGAAAUGACAGGCAGGCAGGUCAGUUCUACCAUCGGAUUAUAGAGAUUGAGCCUCACUCAGACUCCGACCCCGACACCAACUACACCGUGACUGUCCCUGAGAGGGAGGGAGAGCAAUUGUGUGAUUUAGUGGCACCAUGA